UCAAUUCCUCUUAAUUCACCAUGCAAGUUCUUGGACAUUAUUUUGUGUAGUUUACAUGAUAUUCCUCUGACUGCUAUAAGGAUAAGUUUUUAUGAAUAUAAAAAUUAUCCCAACAACACGCACGUUACCAAACAGUACUGUUUGACUCACCAGCUUGGUGAAUAGUGGUGUGGUAAGAGUGACUAAAUGUCCUUAGUUUUCACUUGUGCGACCAUAAAUAGUCUAAUAAUAUGAUUUUUCCAUCAGUAUAUGGUAAAUAUUACCGUCACUUUACUACUAAUAGUAUCCAAGUUUGGAUACUCAAAGUCGAUGAGUAAUGUAGAAAUGGUUACUCAUGUUUCCCAUCACAUUCGGAUCUGUGAAAUAUAAAAUAACGCUUUGGUCAUUUGCUUCGGUAGGCCUUGAAAAACUAAUAAUCUUUAAGCAUUUCAACAACCAACCAUUUUUGUUUGGUAUUAGUUGAGAUGAACCACUAUCCAAACAUUUGAGUUGGUCGUUGGUUUGGGAUUCCCGACUUUAUGUAUGAAAACUCGGAUGACUAGUCGUUGUGACAGAUAUUGGCCUGCUCUUCUGGAUCAAAGUCCUGAGAAUGUAGAUCCGACGUGACGACAGGUCGUAUUAACUCUCUAUGUGCCAUUAUAGCAACGAUGGACCUUCAGUCAGGAUAGUAGGUCGGUGGACCUGUGUUUAUUCUUGCAGCCUAUUUUCCAUUGAAGGUCUAGCUUCGCAUUGAAACGUUCACUGAUGAGACUGAUGCCAUUUGUUUGGGUAAGACGUCUUCAUGAUCCAGUCGAUCAGCAUAGUAGAGAGCUAGACUGCUAAUUUUCAGUAGACUAAACAACGGAAAAUCGAUUUUCUUUUGGUAUCAGGCGUAAAAUUGGUCUUUUUCUAUUUGAACAGGAAAUACAUGGUAUCUUUGCUUGUCUGAGUCUGGUGACGAUUUUACUUUGAGUUGUUUUACAACUUGUCAACCUAUUCCACUAUUUGUGCAACUAUGGUUGUACACCUUGUUUACUUUUACUAACAUCAGAGCCAUUGAAAUGUUAGGAAUCUUGAGUAGUUUAAUAGACCCUGAAGUUAAAAUGGUGAUGCACUUUGAAUCGUUUCCUGAAGAAUAGUUUUAUUGCCUGAACUCAGUACGUUAAAGUAUUCUGAAAGAUUAAUUGUAAAUAGACUACAUUUCUAAUGUUAAUGGCUUGUAUUAUCAACUCUAAGAUUAGCUAGAAGUGGAUCAGCCAUAGUUUUGUACUUCAAGGUUCAUUAGAUACGGGGAUUCCUUAAAUUUGCUGUUAAACAAAACACUGUCAAAUUUGUACUCUUACCGUAAUCAACUGUUGUUCCCAAAACCUGAAGUUUGCUACCUAUUUUCUCACUAGAUAUACGGGUCUUGAUCAAUUCAUUUUAAAACAUAUUAAAGCCUUUGUGUUUAGCUAAUUAGCUUUCACUAAGAUUUUAUUAAACUAUAUGGCGUAUCUCGCCAAAACAAAUUGCUAUCCCUUUUCUAACCAGUCUAUGUAACUCAUUCUUCAUAAUGUAUUCCAAACAAAAUAGAAUCAGUUUAUAUAUUAAAAAGAUAAACUUUCUCUGAAAAGAUUUCUCUCCAAAAUGCUUGACUCUAUGUUACUAUGAUCAAUAAUUCGUAAAUGGAACUUGACCGUGCUAUUAGUUAACUUCUGUAUCAAGUGUGCGACCAUUUUGUAUCGUAAAGCCGUUGCUGAGACCUUUAGUGACAUAUUCGCACUCAGAACGGAAAUGUUUGGCAAUUCGAAAAGUACGCUUAUGAUUUUGUAUGAGUUGUUUCCUGAGUUUAGGACUCCUGAAACUUGAAGUCAGAUAGUUGCGGGGUUGAGUACGGAGUUAUUUACCGAGACUGUACUAAUAAGCCUGUGUUUGAAGCUUUGGUAUAAAACCUCUUAUUGUCAAUUUCAGAGCAUGAGGUAGUUUGCUGAACUGUGUGAUUUCAUGUCAGUUGUAAACAAUUUUUCAGUAGUCUUAGUUUGUCGAAUAAAGCAAGAAUUUAUCUUUGUAUUCAUUCAGUAUUCUCUAAUGGGUCAUAGGCUUCUCUAUCAAUGGAAUUUAUAAAUUGGCUAAAGUGUUAUCUUCCUUGGAAUUAAGGUAAAUUCCAUGCUUUGAAACAGUCCAGGUAAUCUUCCAAUUCCAAAGAAUCCAGGUUAUCCGCUACUCCAGAUGUGUUAUGAAUAGGCUAACGAAUUGCUAUUUAUUCCAAAUAGGCUCGAGCUUCGAUAAGACCCAAUCAAGAAGUUGAAUCUAAAAUGUUCAAAAUGUGAUCGUAAUUUUUUAUUAUAACAGUUUAACACAACGUUAAGCAUUUAUUCACACACCAACUGUGUUAACUAUUCAUCUAAGUACAAAUAAAUAUUUUUAGGCGUUUUGAAUACUUGUCUGAAAUUCAGGUGGUAAUAUAGAUACUGAUUUUUAAAGGUAAUUAUGUUAGCAACUAUCUUACAGUCUACAGGUCCUCCUUUCAAAUGAGUGUAGUGUCGGUAAAUAAAAAUUUAAAAUUCACUAAGUUUUAAAAACUGGUAUUUACUAUGAUAUAUAAUGUAUUUGUAAUAUCCCAAUAAGUAGAAAAAAUGAGAUUUUCUGACGUUUCGUGAUUCAGUGUAGGCCACUUCUUCGGAGAGUAAAUAGCCAAAUCAAAAUUAUUCCAAGUAUAAAUAAUUGUUCCUUCGUACCAUUUAAACUUGGAUUAAUUUUGAUUUGAUACUUACUCUUUGAAGAAAUGGCUUACACUUAGAUACGAAACUUCAGAAAAUCUACUCAUUUGGAUAUCACAAAUUUUUUAAUAGUUGAGAUCGUGAUUUAACUGGAGCUGGACCACCAUGGAAAACCUGGGAGCACUGGACGGCCGUUUCGUCCAAUUAUGGCACUUCUCAACAGUGCGCAUCCACAAUCUCGCCUCGCAAGAUUCGAACACAGGUACGAUCGGUCUCGCGCGCGAACACUCAACCUCUAGACCACUGAGCUGGCAUGCAACGGUGUUAAUGUAUAACUCCAACUAAUUCACGAAAUUGGGCGAUACAUCCACCACAGAGGAGUCCCAUAAUAGGACGAAACGGUCGUCCAGUGCUUCCGGGUUUUUCAUAGUGGUCUAGCUUCAAGUGACUCAUGCUCUCAACUAUUCAAAUUACUAUUAUAUCCACAAAAUCCCUUCUUAGGUUACAACUAUAUUAUUAUAUUUAUAACGAUCUACCCAAUGCUCAAUUUAUUCGGAAUUAUCAAGUCAAACCUUGGUCAUGAUACUCACUAUGGUUUUAUUUAGGGCAGUUGGAAAUUAUUUCAUAUUAAGGAAUACGUGUUCAACCUUACCCAACUUAGUUAUCAGCAAGAUUUACCCAUUUAUAAAAUGUACUGUCAUAAUUAAUUCCAAGUUUUUACAUCAAGCUGUCACUUACGUUUUAGAAACUAAGUAAACGCUUGGAAUAAUUUGUGACUUAUUUCUGUUGUUGCUAUCCCAUUCUUAUAACUGUGUCACAGGUGAAACAUGGAAAACGCAUCCUAUUGAGGUUUUUCAGAAGAGAUUAAGCUCUAACAUUAAGAAAACUGAGACGACUUCAAAGUCAGUCAUGUAAGUUUUGCUAUUGUCUGCAAAAGCUGUUUCUUAACAACACGUUGUUUCUGCAGAAUGUAUCACGGAUCGCAGUAAAAUGCCUUUUUAUUUUAAUGAUGGCGAGUAGGUGAAACGUAAAUGCAAGUAUAAGAAACUCUUGAUUUCAAUGCAUAGAAAGUGGUAGAAAAUGGAGUUUUAUCGACGACAAGAUGAACAUAUUCGUGAAUUGGAAAAGAUCGCAACUAUUAUGGAGGCAGAAACCUCCGAUGUAGAAGUAACCUCCAAUCAUCAUUCUAUUAGGCGGCAAACGCGAAUUAAUACAAUGAUUAUUGGUGUUGUAUUUUGUGCCAACGUGGUACUUUUAUUGGGUAAAGCUGUAGCAUCUGCAUUAUCAGGGUCAUUAGCAAUCAUAUCAUCUUUGUUAGAUAGUUGUGUCGAUUUGGCUUCCGGUGGAAUCAUGUGGUUUGCUGCUCGUCAAAUGCGUAAAAGGAAGCCAUACAAAUACCCAGAAGGGAGAACACGACUUGAACCAUUAGCAGUGAUUGUACUCUCUGUAUUUAUGGGUAGUAUAUCUAUACAACUUGUAGCUGAAUCUGUACAAGCCAUUGUUCGUAUGUCGCAAAAUAAUCAAGAGGCACCAAACGUUAAUGAUUUAGCAUUGGGAAUAAUGGCAUCCGUAAUUGUGACUAAACUAAUCUUAUGGAUCAUUUGUUUUAAAUUUGGUGGUGGAAUGGCUAUCGAUGCGCUUAAAACCGAUCAACGUAACGAUAUACUUACGAAUGCUGCAUCAAUUUUAUUUAGUGGUCUUGCUGGACGUUUACAACAAUACGAAAAUCUUAAGUAUUUAGAUCCCGUUGGAGCUAUACUUAUUGGUUCUUAUAUUUUGUAUUCUUGGUAUCAACUUGGUGCUGAACAGAUACGUAAUCUAGCUGGUCAUACAGCUAAUCCAAGGUUUAUUCAAAAGAUCGCAUUCGUUUGUCUUAAUUAUCAUCCGUUGAUUGAACAAUUGGAUACCAUUAGGGCAUUUCAUUUUGGUGAAAACUUCUUGGUUGAAGUUGACAUUGUGUUACCUAAAGAAAUGUGUCUUAAAGAAGCUCAUGAUAUUGGUGAAGGGUUACAAAAGAAAUUGGAGAAAUUAGAAACAGUUGAACGAGCUUUUGUACACUUAGAUUAUGAAUUUUCACAUCGUCCAGAAAGUGAGCAUAAAAUAGUUUAAAGAAGAAGAAAAAAAUUUCAUUGUAUCCUUUUUUUUAGUCAAUUUAAAGUGUACACAUACAUAACCAUUAGUUAGAUGUUCCAACAUAAAACAAAAGAAAUUGACAAUUUAUUAUAUUAUUUAUUAUAAAUAUUGAUGACCAUGAAUAUACCAUGUAUCUACAAUAGCUUGCUAGAUUUCUUUCAUUAUUCAUUUUGUUUCAAAGACUUUCAUGCUCUGUUUCUUUGUUUAGUUAUUACAUUUAUUUUAUAUUUGACCGACACAUAUAUAUAUAUAUAUAUAUAUAUAUAUAUAUAUAUAUAUUUUCUGUUCAGAUUUACAAGAAUACAAUCAAUACUAACAUUCUGUAUUAUUUUAUAAUAAACAAUAAACAGCCAAAUAAAACUAAUAGUUAUUUUGUUAAUUAAUGUAUAAAAUCCAAUGAAAACUGAUAUCUUUUUUUAAUAACAACGACAAUCUAUGCCAAUAUAAACCAUUAGCUCCAAAUUAAUUAUUAUUAUUAUUAUUGAUAUUGAGACCAUUGACUUCAUAUUAUUGUUUAUCCAUUGUUUUACUAUAUAUAUAUAUAUAUAUAAGCUUGUUCAUCAGAGUUUAUAUUUAUUGAAAUUCUCGCUAGACGAUGGGGGGUUUUUUGUUAUAAAGAAAAAAAAAUUAUUAGAAGAUAAUUCAAAUGUUAAUAUGAGUUUUUGUGUUUUUCUUGUUUUGAUUUCAUUAUUUUGUUUACUUUCACUGUUUAUCUGAAUAGUCCAUA